AUGGCGACCCCCCUUGCUGCACCAUCCGCCAUCAUCAGUACAACCGCCCUUUUCUUCACAGGAGCUCUUGUUAUGAGAGGUGCUGGCUGUACUAUCAAUGACCUUUGGGACCGAAACCUCGAUCCACAUGUCGAACGAACGCGGUUACGUCCACUUGCUAGACGAGCAAUUACACCUCAGCAGGCUAUUGUCUUCCUUGGGGGACAGCUUACAACGGGUCUGGCUGUCCUCCUGUCGCUACCCUUCGAGUGCUUCUGGUACGCGACACCGUCCCUUGUAUUGGUCACUCUUUAUCCUCUAGCGAAAAGAGUAACCUACUAUCCUCAAUUCGUUCUCGGACUCACCUUCUCCUGGGGUGCGAUGAUGGGUUUCCCAGCUCUUGGAGUCGACCUACUGGCGAACCAAGCAGCACUUACAGCGGCAGCUUGCCUCUACGCUAGUAACGUUGCAUGGACCGUUCUGUACGAUAUGAUUUACGCACACAUGGACAUAAAGGAUGAUGCCAAAGCUGGUAUCAAGAGCAUCGCGCUCAAGCACGAAAAGGAAACAAAAGUGGUUUUGUCGGGUCUCGCUGUUGUCCAGCUUGGCUUACUAUCCGCUACAGGAGUCGCGGCAGGGUUAGGGCCUGUCUUCUUUGUCGGAACUGUUGGGGGAGCCGCAGUCACAUUGGGCACCAUGAUUCGACGAGUGAAGCUGAAGGAGGUCAAGAACUGUUGGUGGUGGUUCGUGAAUGGUGCAUGGUUCACUGGCGGUGCCAUCAGCCUGGGCCUGGCUGGAGAGUAUGCCGCGCAUCUUUUCGGCUGGUAUGGCGAUGUGGUAGAGGAUGGAGACGACUGGAGGUCUGUUGCUGCUUGA